AUGUCUGACUCUGUCGAUCGCGUGUUUGUACACGCCCUAGCCACCGUCCGCCGGCUGCCACGGACAGGGUCGUCGAGGCCUCCUCCCUCAGCACGCCUUCAGCUCUAUGGACUCUACAAACAGUCCAUGGAGGGCGAUGUCGAGUCGAUCCUUCCUCGCCCCACGUUACCCACUGUAUCGCCCGAUCCCAACAACUCUCGGUCGAACAACGUCCACCGCUAUGCCUCCCGAGACCUACGUAUCCGUGAAGCGGAGGCCGAGAUCGAGAAAUGGGAUGCAUGGCACAGCUGUGCAGGCAUGUCUAGGACAGAAGCCAAGAGACGUUAUAUCAGCACAUUGAUCGAGACGAUGAAGGAAUAUGCAAGUGGAACGCAGGAGGCACGUGAGCUCGUGGCCGAACUUGAAUUCGUCUGGAAUCAGAUAAAGAGCCAGACUGGGAGUUCCGAGGACGAGGAUGCUGACUCGCCUACGCGACGGCUGGAAAGGGCUGGACUUAAGCAGACCCAAAGCUUUGCCAGUAUACCUCCGAGUCAGAGUAGUAGAUCAGGUAGGCCAAGCCAGGCCAUUGGCCGCUUACAAUCCGACCCGAAUCACCUGCGAGUCUUGUCGCCGGUGUCGCAGCGUGACAGUGAUGGGGUCGUGGAAGGUGAAGAGAUUGAUCCUGAAACUGGUGCGCUACUAGGGCCUACUACACCCGAAGAAGAACCACCUGUCCCUGCGCUUGAAUGGAGAAAAAGCAUCGAGCAACAUCUGAGGCAUCUAUCGACCGAAGUUGCCGCAUUGCGUGAGCAAUUAUCAGCGAACCAUUUACUUUCGUCCCAGUCCCUUUCUCCAUCUCUAACCUCAAGACGACGGAGAAUAUUCUACAGAGUCUCUACCUGGGCAAAAUGGUUGACCUGGGUUCUGGCGAGGCAAUUGAUCUUGGAUGCAGGUUUGGUGCUCGCCUUCAUCCUAUGGGCCCGAUGGAAGGGGUACAAAGAACGCAGAGUGGAAGAUUGGGCAAGAAGACGGUGGAACGAGCUUCGGAGAGGGUUCGUUAUCCUCGACGAUUGGCUCAAAAGAACAAUACCCAUAUCCACGAGUCGGGCACUGGGAAUAACCAAGGCCUAA